UAUACCUGGUUUUGCAGCCGCUUUGAAUAUAUAUUUUAUGCUCUUCUUCCUCACCCUUUUACUUGUAUGAGAGUCCCCAAAAUGUUAUACGCAUUUGUUUUUAUUUAUAUCUAUUGCUUUUAUGUUCCCAGAAAAAGAAGAAUUUUUCUCUAAGUCUUCCCUGGUCUUGCUGAAAGAAUGGAGGGCGAUGAUGACUUAGACCUCUUAACUUCCCUCUUAGAGGAGAGUGAAGCAGAAGAGGAUUCUUCAGAGAAGGAAAGAGCAGCUGGCCAUCAGGAUGAGUACGAUUUACUCUUUGAGGCAGAAGACGAUGCGUCUUACAUUGAGGGGGUGGAAGAGGAAGAAGAGGAGAGGUCCACUGCCAGCCAGGAAAAUGUGGCUGAGCUCUUUGGGGAUGUGACUGACCUUUUGGAGGAAGAGAAGAAAGAAAAACACGUUCAGAAGACAUCCCGCCCUGUAGCGCCUGAUCGAGUGAAAGAACCUUCCAAGGAAGAUCUGCAAGAUGAGUUGAGAAAAUUGAAAGAGCAGAUGAAAAAAUUGCAGGAGCAGUUGGGAAGGACGGGGAUAGGGCAGCCCCCUGAGCCCGAUCUCUGCAAGAAAACACCUGGUCAAUCAAACGGUGCUGUCAUUAAGGAAAGGACUCCGUCCAAGGUACAGAAAUCUCCAUCUUUCUCAGCCCAGCAGAUCAAUCCUGCUUUACCGCUGCCAAAAAGCCCGUUCCAGAAAUCGAAAUCUAUGAUUGCAGUGAAUAAGAACCACACUUCAAAAGCUACACCUAGUCUGCUCUCUCAGCCACUUACAUCUGUGCCUGGAAACAGACCCACUGCGGAUUCCAGUAAGAAAAUUCCAGUAACAAAAAAUUCCGAGGUCAAAAAUCAAAAUGUUUCCAUGGAAAUCUACUCUGGAUUGAAAUUAAGAAAACCUCGGGUCUCUUCGGCCGAGAUGGAAAGGAAAAUGACUGGGCGGAAGCUGAUCAGGCUGUCUCAAGUACAAGACAAACUCCGUUCGGCAAAUCUUGAAGAAAUGGAUUGGGUCACCUUUGGCGUCAUAAUAAAGAAAAUGACUCCUCAAAGCAGCAACAAUGGUAAAACCUUCAGCAUCUGGCACCUGAAUGACCUACGUGACUUCAACAGGUCCGUCUCCCUCUUCCUGUUUGGGGACGUUCACAAAGAGCACUGGAAGACCGACCAAGGCAUGGUCGUAGGCCUCCUCAACGCUAACCAGAUGAAGCCCAAGGAAGGAUCAGAGGAGGUGUGUCUAUCCGUCGAUCAUCCUCAAAAGAUCCUGAUUUUGGGGGAAGCCAUGGACUUGGGAACUUGCAAAUCCAGGAAGAAAAAUGGAGAGCCUUGUACUCAGAUGGUUAAUCAGAGCGAGUGUGAAUAUUGUCACUAUCACAUACAGUCCGAGUACCGAAAACGGAGCUCGAAGCGAGCAGAUCUACAGUCCACAUUCUCCACCACCCGAGCACCAAAACGGACAGCAAAGCGGAACCUUGGCUUGAAAGAGAAGCUCUGCCAAGACGGUUUUUACUACGGGGGGGUUUCCUCGUCGGCUUACGCUGCCUCUGUGGCUGCAGCUGCCGUUCCCAAAAGGAAAGUCCAAACGACGUUGACAAACCUGGUUGUGAGAGGAGUGGAUGCGAUCCUGCAGGAAACCAAAGAAAAACUGGGUCUGGCAAAGCCCCCCUGCUCAGAAGAAUUCCAGGAGCUCUUGGCGGUGCCCUCGGCGGGAGCCCGGAACCUCAACCGACACUUCACCCGAAGGGGGGCGCUAGGGACCAAAUCAAUGAUUCUUACCAUCCCUUGGUUGGGCUUGGAGGUUCCUUCUAACUCUGUUAUUCUUUUCUACUUGCCGAGAGAUGCUAAAACCAGGGCAAAUGCUUCCUGGCGUUUAUCUCCUUCAGCCAAAACUAUAAUUCUGAUUUUCAUCCUUCGUUGCAGAUUUCUUCAGGACCCUGCUGUUAAAAAGACCCCAGCCCCAUCCUCUUCUGUGGGGCAGGCUGGGCUGAAGUCCCCAACUCCAGCAGCCGAGUUCCCUAAAGCUGGACAAUUGUCCAGCCCACAAACCCCCAGACUGGGUUCGGGUCUCUCUGAAGGGGACGACGUUCUGUUCUUUGACGAUUGCCCCCCUCUGGCCCCCAAACUCAACUGCUUGGCAGAAGCCAAAAAGAUGGCAGCAAUCAAGAAACUGCAUGCAAAAGGCCAGAUCCUUCCCAAAGUGGAUCCCAACAGCAUCAAACGGAAACGAUCAGAUUUUGACGUUCCGAGCAUUUCUGAAAGAGUGGAGAAAAAUAUUGCUGAUUCAGAAGAAGGGAGAGCAUUAGAGCCCGUGGAAAAGAAACGGCGCCAGCAGCUCGAAUACCUGGAAUCGGCGGAGUUUCAGGAGAUCCUGAAUGCACGCUCGAAACACAACGGCGUCCUUAAAGAGUUUGAAGCUGAGAUGCAAGAACGGUACUUCGAGCCUCUGGUGAAAAAAGAACAAAUGGAAGAGAAGAUGAGGAACAUCCGAGAAGUAAAAUGUCGGGUGGCAACCUGCAAAACGUGCAACUACACCUACUUCAAACUGCUGGACUCGUGUGUGGCGGAAGGUCACGCUUACCACUGGCACAACGGGGUGAAAAGAUUUUUCAAGUGUGCCUGUGGGAACAGAGCCAUUUCCCUGGACAAGCUCCCCAAAAAACACUGCAGUAACUGUGGCCUCUAUAAAUGGGAACGUGAUGGAAUGCUGAAGGAGAAGAAAGGCCCCAAAAUCGGGGCAGAAACUCUUCUUCCAAGAGGUGAAGAACACGCCCAAUUUCUCAACAGCAUGAAAUAAUGGCUGAUGGGAUCCUGGCUUUGGUCUAAUGAAUUUCGCCUCUGGAAAACUUCCAGAGUGCUCCCUUCCUGUGAAGUAUCUCCACAUAUGAACCACA